AUGCACUUGCUUCUCCAUCUGGCCGUCUUCUUCUCCUUGGGUAGGUCCGAGGCUUCUUUUCUGUGCUCCUAGUUCAUAUUUAAAGCCACUUUUUUUCUGUAAAUUGUACAAAUCGAUCCGUGAUUUAUGUACGUGACGUCCCAAGUGCAAAAGUUUUUUAACCUCAAGAAUGCUAAAUUUCGGCUAAUUCUGACUGUUUUCAAACUGGAGGUGGCAAUCGGGUAGGGCCGGGCCUGAGCAGACUUGAAAAGCCCAGGGCCGGCCUGACGACUUCGGCCCAUGGCCGCAAAAAUUGGCCCGGCCCGAUUGCCACCUCCUUUUUUAGUGUAUUUACAGGGUCUUUCAAGAAAUGUGCAGGAAAGUAGGAGGCUAUAACUUUCGGCGGAGGCGGCGCAGAGAGUUCGUUUUUGGAAUAUGUAUUUUUCAGUGACAUUAUUUUUUGCCUACGAAAUAACAGGCUUUUCGAGUGCAAACUAAGGUCGCUACGACCUUCUGAAGUAAAGGCAUCUCUACCCCGAAAACCAGGGUUUUUCGGUUGAAAAUGAUCGAGAAAUGUCGGGUUUUUUUGGGGGGUUUCGAUAGAGCUGACGUUGAAAACAGGGAAGGGAAUUGCCAACACAUUGAAAAUUAUGCAAAUAUUCGGCUGCUCUUCAUUCUGACACUUUGGCUAGCCAACCAGUUUUUGUUAGCGGUUUAAAAGUUUGGUUGUCAUUCCUGUCCUUUGACGCCCAUUACACCCUUUGACUAGUUUUUAUAAGACUUCACAGUCAUUCUGGUGCCUUGGCUAGCCGAUUCCAGGUUCCUCAUAUCCCUAAAUGAUGUCACGCUUCUUAGAUACCGAAAAAUAAACUCGAAAUCUGCCCCAAGUUGAGGCUAGUCGAAUAUUUGCUAAAUUUCCAACGUGUUGGCAACAUCCUUCCCUUCUUUCAACGUCAACUCUAUCGGAACCCCUGAAAAAAUCCGACAUUUCUUGGUGAUUUUCAACCGAAAAAGACCGAAAUUUCUCGAUCAUUUUCAACCGAAAAACCCUGGUUUUCGGGGUAGAGAUGCCUUUACUUCAGAAGGUCGUAGCGACCUCAGUUUGCGCUCUAAAAGCUUGUUAUUUCGUAGGCAAAAAAUAAUGUCACUGAAAAAUACAUAUUCCAAAAACGAACUCUCUGCGCCGCCUCCGCCGAAAGUUAUAGCCUCCUACUUUCCUGCACAUUUCUUGAAAGACCCUGUACAUCGCCCUAUUUUCAGGUCUUGCCGUGUGCUCCGUGAAAUGCUACGUUUGCGCUGGGGCGAGGGAAAAGAACGGUACCGUUGGCGACGCCGAAUGCAUUGAAUCCGGUGGCAAAGAUGUGACCGAUUGCCCGUAUGGCUGUAUAAAAGGUGUAAUCACGACACCGGCAGGAAUUAUGGUUGGAAGGAACUGCUCGGUGGUUUGUUUACUUUGCAAUUUCCAACGGUAUAUUACAUUUUGUAGGAGAAGGUGGAGGUAGAUUCAUGCACCCACCAUGUGCAAACUCAGGGUCCGUUUAACACAACAGCCGACGAGUGUUACUGCAAGCGAAAUCUCUGCAACAACGCUCCCGGAAUUCCAUCGGCACUCAGCACGACCGCCGCGCUUCUUGGCCUUUUGGUCAUUGCUCAUUAG